AUGUCUUCCGACUCGUUCAACGCCAACGAAACCUGCUUCUCGUUCAACUGGCCUUCUACGCUCUCCGGAAUCGAACGAGUAGCUCUGUCGGCGAAGGGAGACCUUCAGCGCACCCUUAGCGCAUACUUUUCCCAUCCCAUUUCAGUUGCCCGCGGGUAUACGUCGCCAGACCCGAGCGCACCUAUUUCAAGUGCAUCACAUGCGACUCCCCUUGAACAAAUCCGCUCUGUUGACCUUAUCUGUCGAGGCCGAAUCGUCUGCAUGUGCACCUCGACCGUGACCAUGACGAGUCCAGCAGCAGCUCAGCUUGUACUGGUCGACAAAUACCCCAUCGGACAAGUAUUUAGGGCGCUCGGAACUGGCCCCGCAUUUCAGCUCUUGGACGUUGGCCUAACUGAAGGUGGCAAGGGCUUGUGGCGGGUUUAUACCCUCAAAACCGAUGAGUUCCAGUGCAGGAUUCGCGAAGAGUUCCCAGACCGUGCCAUGUUCCACUGUGAUAACUGGCUGGAUCUCCCAGCUCAGUCUGUCGCUAACCGAUUGCCUGCCGUCGUUGACUCUGGAAAAUCUGUCGUGGCUCAUUGA